AGUAUUUGUGUGUGAAUUGGAGGUUGGGGUUCUGGGUUGUCUUUUUCGUAUCUGAAAUGGCAGAGUCCGAGCACCAGAAUUCAAUUUACAGCAGCACAGGAGGAGUGACGCAGAGUAACCAAGUUGACGACCAAGACGACGACGUUGAAGAGCCCAUUGACAACCCUAACAUACGCUUCGAAGAUAGUACCGCCAUUCCUCCAAAUCAACUCUACCUUCCCAGCUCCGAAUAUCCUCCGCCGGCGGCGGCAAACGGUGCCUCUGAUCAGCUAACUCUCUCGUUUCAUGGCGAGGUUUAUGUCUUCGACGCUGUUUCGCCCGACAAGGUGCAGGCAGUACUGCUGCUUUUGGGUGGAUAUGAAAUCCCUUCUGGCAUUCCUUCAAUGGGGCCAGUUCCUCUUAACCAGCAAGGUAUGAAUGACUUACCUGCAAGGCCAACUCAACCGCAGAGAGCUGCUUCUUUAAGUCGGUUUCGCGAGAAGAGAAAAGAACGUUGUUUUGAUAAGAAAAUCCGUUACACCGUGCGGAAAGAAGUUGCACUCAGAAUGCAGCGUAAGAAGGGUCAAUUUACAUCGUCCAAGGGUAGUUCUGAUGAUGGAGGCCCUGCUUCAUCAACACAGGGCUCUGGACAAGAUGAGAGCAUGCAGGAAACUUCGUGUACACAUUGUGGGAUAAGCUCAAAGUCAACUCCAAUGAUGCGUCGUGGGCCAGCAGGCCCAAGGACUCUAUGUAAUGCAUGUGGGCUGAAGUGGGCCAACAAGGGAUCUCUAACAGGUGUUCCUAAGGUUCUAAAUGUAGGUAUCCAGGAUCCUUCUUUAAAGGGAAUUGAACAGAUUGAUGGCGGAGUUCAGGAUUCCGAUGUCGUAGCCAUGGGUGCCAACAUUGCCCCUUCCUCAGCUAAUGGCAAUAAUUCAGCCAUGACCGUAGACAGGAAAUUGUGAAAUCCCCCGUGGCCUGGUCCAUGACCGUAGACAGGAAAUUGUGAAAUCCCCCGUGGCCUGGUGGUUUUCCGUUUGCUGUAUUAUCACAGAGGAUGUCAAAUACAUUGAAGAAGUAUGUUAUCGAAGGCACAUACGGUUUAGGGACUUGGAGCUAUAAAUAAAUUGGUUUGAAAACUCUUUUAUUUUGUGUAAUUUUAAGUAUUGGAACCAAAUUUAGAAGCUCAUGGCAUUGUAGCAUUUGCAGUACCAGCAGUUCUUCCUUGUCUAGAGCAUAUAAUCGAGAACGUUGAUUUAUAGUGAUCAAUGCAAUCUUUUCUUUUUGGUCAAAUGAUCAUUGUAAUCGAUGUAAUCAUUUGUAUUUUUGUUGCAUGAAGUAGGAAAUAACAUGCGGUAGCUUCUACUAAA